AUGGCGGCGGCAGGUCCGAGUACUCGGGCCUCUUCCGCGGCGGCAGCGGCAGCUCUGAGUCGGCGGGGCCGACGGGGCCGCUGUGACGAGAUGGCGGCAGCCAAGACUGGGGCCCCGGGCGCGGCCUCUGGUCCCGCGUUGCUGGUGUUGCCGCCGCCGCUGCUGCAACCGCCGCCACCGCCGCGGCCGGAGGACGACGGCCAGGCCGACGCGGAGGUGCAGAGCGAGCGCGCCCGCCGCGGCCAGCCGGAGCGCUGCCGCCAGCGCCGGGACGGGGGCGCGGCCGCCGCGGGGUCCAGGCCGGAGCAGGAGCCGCGCGCCGCGGCCACGGAGCCAGAGUUUAUAUUCAGAGCACCAAUCAAAUUAAGCAAGCCUGGGGAACUUCGUGAGGAAUAUGAAAGCCUGAGAAAGCUGAGAGAAGAAAAGUUGCAAGAGGAGAAAACCUCUGAAGAUCAAAUCCACAAGCUGUUAUCAGAGGAUACAGAAACAGGGAAAAGAAAAAUGGAUGAACAGAAAAAGAGAGAUGAGCCAUUAGUACUGAAAUCAAAUCUGGAACAUUGUCCUGCACGCCUCUCAGAUUCAGAGAACGAAGAACCUUCCCGAGGCAAGAUGACACAGACACAUCGCUCGGCAUUUGUUUCCAAGAACAACUCCUACUCCUUAGCUUUCCUGGCAGGGAACCUAAAUUCCAAGGUGGAAAGGAGUCAGAGCUGCAGUGACACAGCUCAGGACAGAGCGAAGAGCAGACUCAGAGCAGCCCCAACAAGCAAAACCAAGGUCACAGCUAUAACCCCAGCCUCCAACCCCAUCAUUGGUGUCCUCUUGUCCACUCAGAACAACCGCUGCCUCUCAGCCCCUGACUUAACCGUUGAGAAGCGUCUACCCUUCAGCUCCCUCUCAUCCUUGACUUCCCUGCAUAAGCCCGAGCGCUCCAUCAGUCCUGAGAGCAAUGACAGCAUCUCCGAAGAACUAAACCAUUUCAAGCCCAUUGUCUGCUCACCAUGUACUCCUCCCAAGAGACUCCCUGAUGGCCGAGUGCUAAGUCCCCUCAUCAUCAAAUCAACACCCCGCAACCUAAACAGAAGCCUGCAGAAGCAGACUUCUUAUGAGGCUAGUCCAAGGAUCCUCAAGAAGUGGGAACAGAUCUUUCAGGAGCGGCAGAUCAAAAAGACCCUUUCGAAAGCCACCCUCACCUCCCUGGCUCCAGAAACAGGGGAAGACUCACUGGUCUCUGAAGUUAUCCAUUCUAACAAGGAGAAGCCACCUCAGGCUUUAAAUACAAGACUGGCCAGUGGGCAAGUACUCUCUGAGUGUGUAGGACCCACCCUCACUGACCUUGAUUUUUUCCCAUCCGUUAGCCAAACAAAAGUGGAACAGGGCAGCGAUAGUAAAAGGAGCUCUGAGAUCCCGUUGGAAACCUGCUGUUCCUCAGAACUUAGAGUGGGAGCCAGUGGUACUUUGGAGCCGGAGCAGAGUGAAGGGCCGGGGCCGACCCCAGAUGCCAAGUUAGACAAAACCUGUAUAAGCGCAACCAUGAAAAUCUCAGCAGCUCAUUCAGCGCUACCCAAAAAUAGUGUUCUGGGUGGGGUCCUCAAAACAAAGAAGCAGCUGAAGACAGCAAAUCAUUUUGAUCUGCCUAAUGGUGUGCUGGCAGACAGCCGAGGUGAGGAGCCGCUUCCUUCUUUGCGUCGGGGCCGGAAAAGACACUGUAAGACCAAGCACUUGGAACAAAAUGGCUCCCUUAAGAAACUGCGACAGAGCGGUGGUGAGGUGGUCCUGGCCCCGGCAGAGCCGGUGCUGCGGGAGAUGGAGCAGAAACUGCAGCAAGAGGAAGAGGACCGGCGGCUGGCUCUGCAGCUGCAGCGCAUGUUUGACAACGAGAGGCGGACUGUGAGUCGGCGAAAAGGAACCGUGGAUCAGUAUCUCUUACGGUCCAGCAACGUGGCCGGGGCCAAGUAG